CCUACCUUCUCCCGAGCGGUCUGGCGUCCUGGAGGCGGAUCCGGAGCCCUCCGCCGCGCCCCCUCCUCCCGGGACGUCGGCGCGCACCCCUGUGGCUCAGCAGCUGCCGCCGUUGCGCCAGCCCUGGGACCCCGACCCUUUUCGCUAUGCCACCAGCAUCCUGGUCUGCUUCUCCCCUCUGAUCCCUCUCCUCUCCAGCCCCGCCAUGGCCUUUCUACCUCCUCACCCCACCAUCUGAAUUUUAUCCACUGUAAUCAGGACUGCUCACCUAAGAAUUUCUGGAUCCAGACCAAGGGCUCCAGCAUUCACUGGAUUCUGCAGCAAGAAGGAUAUUGUGACUUAGGAUUCCCUGGUGGAAGACAACCACACACUCUGGUCUUACCCCGACGAUGCAAGUGUGACUGCUGGCAUCUUCAUGAGCUCCAGAGGUCACAGCACACUACCACGGACUCUCAUGGCUCCUCGGAUGAUUUCCGAAGGAGAUGUAGGAGGCAUUGCUCAAAUCACCUCCUCUCUCUUCCUGGGCAGAGGCAGUGUGGCCUCCAACCGGCACCUCCUCCAGGCUCGUGGCAUCACCUGCAUUGUUAAUGCUACCAUUGAGAUCCCCAAUUUCAACUGGCCCCAAUUUGAAUACGUCAAAGUGCCUCUGGCUGACAUGCCUCAUGCCCCCAUCGGACUGUACUUUGACACUGUGGCUGACAAGAUCCACAGUGUGAGCAGGAAGCAUGGGGCUACCUUGGUGCACUGUGCUGCAGGGGUGAGCCGCUCGGCCACUCUCUGCAUUGCCUACCUGAUGAAGUUCCACAACGUGUGCCUGCUGGAGGCGUACAACUGGGUGAAAGCCCGGAGGCCUGUCAUACGGCCCAACGUGGGCUUCUGGAGGCAGCUGAUAGACUACGAGCGACAGCUCUUUGGGAAGUCUACAGUUAAGAUGGUACAGACACCUUACGGCAUAGUUCCAGACGUUUAUGAGAAAGAGUCCCGACACCUGAUGCCUUACUGGGGGAUUUAAUGCCACCAAAGCCUGCAUCGGCAGCCCCCGAGCAGUACCAGCAUCUGCUACACACUGUCUGCUCCCCUCUUCAUCUUUCUUUUCAAAUUGUUGACUUUUGGUUCCCCCUUAAAAGAGUUUUUAAAUUGGGUGUGAAAUUUAUUUUGAGAGAGAGGGAGGGGACAUAGGGGAAUGCAUACAUUGCUAGUAACAUUUUUAAAACUAGCAUUUUGAAAUAGUGUUUAUGAAAAUCUUUAACUGGCUUUUAAUCAUUUUUAACAAUUUGAACAGUUUAAUAAGCUGUUUGGUUCUGCUUUUGGCACCAUGGCAGGUGCAGGAACAACUCAGUGCAAAAUAUCACUGUGGGUCCUGACCAACCCUUUAGACAGGCUUUGCCCAUGGCUGCCCGCCAAACAGACGCUUAGAGAAGACUGAUACCAGCUUCAGUCUACUGGAUUAGCUCUACUCUUUCCUUUCUCAUUAUUUAGUGACUCUGUAAGUUAAAAUAACCUAACCUUUAUUAUUUAGUUGAUAAGUAUAAUGAAAUCUGCUGCAAAAACCCUCUUGAAAUCAAUGUGCCCAGGAUUAUAUUAGCAUUAUUUUUAAUAAAUAUAUCUGCUUAACA